AUGAAUAGAAGUGUAAGUACCUCAGCACAUACUGAGUCUCUUGUCAGCUUUGACAAUUUGGUGGACGAUUACAUCAGCAGAGAGAACAGGGAGAUCAUCGAGACGAUCUUUUACGGAGGCCUGACGACACUGCUCUGUCUCAUCGGCAUCCCGGCCAACCUGCUCAACAUCCUGGUCUUCUGGCACCAGGGCCUGAGGGACCGCAUGAACGUGUGUCUCUUCUCGUUGUCCUGCGUGGACUGCUGCUACCUGCUCUGUGCCUUCGCCAUAUUCUCAGUUCCCACGUUCACUCGUCUGUACGACCAAACCAAGGGUGACGAAAUUUACAUCAAAGUAUUCACGGUCCUUGGCUGGGCCCUCUAUGGCUCUCUGAACCUGUCUGGCUGUCUCGGCGUGGUGAUCGCGCUCGACAGGUGCGCUUGUGUCGUCUUCCCCCUCCAUGCCGCUACCCUCAUGACAAGCCGCACCAUGUGUCUCAUUAUUUUCACCUGCUUCUUGUUGAUUCAGGGCUCGCACCUGUUGUAUCUAUUUUCGUAUGAAGCUGGUAGUGUUACGAUAGGAGAAAGUGUCAGGUGGGUGUUUGUCAAUACAGAAUUUUAUAGGUCAAACGAAGAAAUCAUCAACUCCUUUUUUUUUACAUUCCUGGGAACAGCGUUACCUGUCACCAUGUUCAUUAGCGUAUCAGUGGCGACAGGUGUUACGGUGAUAAAGCUAAAGGCCGCCAUAGCUUGGCGAGAGAAGUCGAGCUCUGUCCCAACUGACAGCAGCAAUAAUAACCAGCAGAUGGCGCUCACCUCCAUGCUCAUCAUCGUUUCUUGUGUCUACGUCAUCACGUGUGCGCCCUUUGUCAUGCGUCAGCUGUCCAUUUUAUUUUUGUCGGACUGUUAUGGCCCCCGACACUGCAUCGAGCUGUUUUCUGCUCUAACUGCUGUGGUGUACGGGAUUCUGCCUAUCAACAGCGCCAUCUACUUCUUUAUUUACUACCGACGCUCAACUCGAUUUCGCCAGGUGUUAUGUAAGCUCAUUGACAGAAAUGGCCAACAACAAAAUACAAACAUAAACAACUCAUGUUCGGAAACAAAGGUCUACAGUCAAAUUUGA